CCUUACAUGAAAUGUGAGUGUGUCUUGAAGACGGGUAUCUGAAAAUGCAAUCGUUGCGAUGAAAAUAGCAAGCAGGAGUUGGAGGGGCAGUGAGGCGCUCUUACGCUUUUCUAAGACCCUCUGCAGCGAAGCUCAAAGACCGAACGCAGCUAGCGGGCAUUGCGCAAUACUCACGUGUUGGCCAUACAAGAGAAUUUCUGCCAUCAUACAUCCCACAUCGAGCUGCGUUGGGCCAAUCCCUCAUUCCGCAUCUAGGGCGGUGUCAAAUUGCCAAUGGUAUGCCCCCCAAUGCCCAGAGCACGAGAUGGUGCGGACACGUUGGAACAGCAGACUGGACUCGCGCGAUUUGAGGCCAUCAUGGUGCCUUCAGCUUCUGCGCGCUCCAGGCACAGCCCGACGUCGCGUGUCGACUAUUGUGAAGCCUGCUCGGAGUCCGAGAGUUUGUCGUUGGUGGGCGCCGUUGAUCAAGACCGUAUUAACGUACCAUCAGCGGUAUGCCGCUGACUGUCGAUACGUUUGACAACCAAGCGCGGCUCCUGAGAACUCUACUCACAGACCAAGAAAGAUACACACGAUAAUCUGGAUGUUCCAACUGUCCCAA